AACUUCUUUUGUGUUUUUUGAAGAGUAGGGUGUACUUUGAACGCAUGCGCGGAAAUAACUUCCUCUUACAACCGUGCAAAGAUGGUGAAUAUACCCAAAUCAAGGAGGGCAUAUUGCGGCAGUCCUCGAUGUCAUAAACACACCAUACAUAAAGUAACACAGUACAAAGCUGGUAAAGCCUCACUUCAUGUACAAGGUAAAAGACGUUACGAUAGAAAACAAAAAGGUUAUGGUGGUCAAACAAAACCCAUUUUCCACAAAAAGGCAAAAACAACUAAAAAGGUUGUAUUAAGGUUGGAGUGUUUACGAUGUACUUUAAGGAAACAAGUCUGCAUUAAACGAUGCAAACAUUUUGAAUUGGGUGGAGACAAGAGGAAGAAGGGUCAAAUGAUCAUGUUUUAAGAAAUAAAUGGAGGCUAAAAAAAAAUA